CUUUCUCAGUGGUGGUGAUGCGUCAAGUGAAGGGCAAGCACGCCUGCGGUCGCUGCUGCUGGAACAGGUGCACGUGCUGGAAGGUGGCCUCUCCCUGCACGGGCGGCUGGCUCCACCAGACUUGGGACCCCUGCAGAAACGACUGGUCGAGCGGCUGGGGCAGCUUCAGCAGGCUGUGCGUGGUGCAUCUGCCCAUGGCUCACCACGACCCGGUUCUGCGUGUAGCAGCAGUAGAUCGUCCACGUCAUCGAGUGGACUUCUGCCUCCAACGCAUGAUGAGCCAUGGGAUGGAGGAACAAGUAGCAGCUCUUCCAGCACACUGGCUGACCAGCAGCAGCUGGAAGGAUCCAUGGUUGAGGGCACGCCACCACCACUUCCACCACGAGUGCCUCCACCUUCAGAGCAGCAUGUCACCCGACCGGUGUCUGCAAACCGCAGUUCUCUCAAACCUGGAGAUUCUCUUCAGUCUUGCAAGAAUGCAGAUCCUGUCAAAGAAGAGGCAACUAAUGGAAACUGCACCUCUUCCAUCGGCAGCUGUCCCUCACAAGUAGACGUGUAAUCUAUGUCAUUUUUCUGUAUGUCACUGUGUGUGGUGGGUUCGACGGUGAUAUUGAGCUGUUGAGAUACAUUAAAAACAUCGUAAGAGAUACAGACGAACCUCGUCAUAAUGAAGUAGCAUCAGAACCAUAAAUUAUUUCGUUAUAUCCUAUAUAUUCGUUGUAACAGUAGAGAUGAAAAGUGGCUUUGACAAAGUGGCAAUCUGGCUCAUGCAUAAUUCUUAGAUGCAAGAAUUUAUUAUUCUAGGCUUUGAACCCACUAUAAACGAGACAAUCCUUAGCUCUCUCCUUGUGGCAUUGCAAACUUCGAUUCUUACGGUGCUGCAACCAGUCAAAUGCGUAUUUUUGUGCUGGAUGACCAAAAUUCUCCUAUCUCCUUCACACUAGUAAGAAGGAUGGUUACGAAUUGUGUUUCAGUACUUAUUUUGUUUUUUAUGCAAACUUCCGAGUUUCGAGCUUCGCUUGAACCAAGUAUUUCUGCAUUACAUCCAAUAUCGUGGCGGCUCUUGCAUUUACGGUUUCGUUUUAAAAAGAAUAAAUGUUGCUGGAAUGAAGCAUGACCAACCAAAGUUCAUAUUUAGUUAUCUGUAACUGAUAAUUCGUAUAUCAGUGUUCAUUGUAAUGAGGUGCUACUGUACUACUUUUGUUAUAACUAUAGUGCAAAAAAUUAACAUGAAGAGUAGAGCAGGUGGUCCUGUCAUUCCAUGUCUACUCUACUUUUCGUCUUCAUCCUUUGUAAUGUAGUUAUAAUAAAUCAAUAGCAAGCAGCUACCCCCUGUAGUAUCUUAGCUUGUAAUGUGUCACACGGCUAAGCUCAAGGGCACGGAUUUGAUGCCUGGCCACAGUGGCCUCAUUUCAGUGGAGAUGAAACGCAAAGAACACCAAUGUGGUUAUGUUUAGGUGCCCCUUAAAGGGACCCUGAAACGGAUUUUUCACGUUUUCUCAGCAUUGAGGCUGUAGCAUCACAAGAUUAUUCGCACCAUAAGUUAAACGGCACACCUUGUAUCGAGGCAGCUACGGGCAAUUAUAUGUUACCCUCCUUCUCAGCACUGAGUUUCCUCCUUAACUCAUUGAACUCGCAGCCGUCGCUGGCGACGGCAGCGCACUUGAUGGGUUGAGCUGCGCUACCCUCUCCGCUGCCUCCGCAAUACACUGCGGCACUCCGGUGGCAAGCCUUAAGGCAGCGGAGACAAGGCGGAUCGCAGAGUGCUUGAAAUUUGCUCCGUCAGGUACCUCAACACUACCAGCCAUUCCCAUUUUAUUCUCCUGUAUGCCGUCAACCGGCAAAUGCCAAGAAGUGUGCGGGCAAGAGAAAAGUAUUUGAGAAUGAUCGCUGAUGAGCUUAAACUGGGGCAGUGUGGUUGUGUCUUCAGGGGGGAAGUUACAGCCACAGACACAUGGAUCCUAGCGCUGAUCGAUCGAUUAGCAAGAGCCCGACACUCACUGCAGCAACGAGCUGAGGCGACUCCGCUUGCCAGUUGCCUUACAUGCACUACACGAUAUUGCAGCUUUACAAGUCAUCAAUCGCUAGAUUUGCAAUGCAUAACGCAGCUUGGGCUAUUUAUGGUGUCUGAGAAAAGAAACCUCGAGAUAAACACUGUCGCGCAGCUCACGUCAACACGAAGCGCGCUUACACAGACUAUGCUCACUGUCCACCGGAAGUGCAGUAACAUAGACUGGACAUAUCCAAUAAGAUCGGUCGCUGGUGCUAUGUAUAUAAUGGAACAACGCUACCGUAUUUACACGAUUGUAGAUCGACCCAGUUUAUUUAAAUUUGAAAUCCGAAGUUGGGAGGGUCGACUUACAAUCGAAACCGCAACUAGUAUCGGUUGUAAGUCUUAAGGUCGACUUACAACCGAAACGAACGAGAAAUCAGGCACGCUGUGGCGUGGUAAUGACAUUAUGUUUACGUUCCGGCUCUACCUGUGAAAUAUACCGUAUUUUCUCGCGUACAACCUGCUCCUUCAACAACGAUUCGCGGAAAAUUUUGUAAAAAUGAUCCCCAUGUAUUGCCGCGAAGCUAGCUUGAGGCACUGCAGUGAAGCACAUUUGCACUCAGGAAUUAGUUUUUUUUUCCGCGACAUCGUAAAAUAGAUGUCCUUUAUGAAACGCGCUUGCGCUUUUUUUUUUUUUGCCCUGCAAUUUUACAGGGUCGACCUAUAUUCGAGUUGAGUUACAAUCGUAAUACGGUACGUAGAAUAGUAGCGGAAGUUGAAAACUCUUUCUGCUGCGAUCUGUAGCUGUUCGCAUGUUUAAUGUCUUCUAAUAACGCGCAUGAUGCAGAGAGCUUAAAUCAUUCUGUAAAUGAUCCUUUGAACUUAACUUACCGGCUUAAUGUGUUUGUACAAGAUCGUCAAAGUCCAAACCGCUUCAGGGUCCCUUUAAAGAAGCCCAGGUGGUCGAAAUAUAACCGGAGUGCCCCCUUAUGCCGUGCCUCAUAGUCUAUCGUUAUAGCAUGUAAAACACCGGCAAUUAUUAUUGUUAUAACAGCAAGUAGCUCAAUUCACCAUAAUCCUAAAUUCAGUUCUAAUCAAACCAGACACAAUCAGUGAGCAGCUAUGGUACCAGGGCACCGUAACUGGUCAUUUUCUUUAUGCUUUGAAAUGAAAGGACUUAUUGCUAUGUUGCUAUGCAAUGCAGUCUGAGCGAGUGCUGGUAUUGCGAAGACUUAUGGCUGUUACAUUCACUGAUGCUCUGUAUUACAGCGUAAGUUUUUGUUUGGCAUCUGCCGAGUAAUUUACACCUGUUUAUUUCAUAAAUUUUGUGGUGGAUUAAUAUAAAAAAUUUACAAUGCUACAGACUGUCCUGGUUGUCCAAUGUUUUGCCAGAGGAACACUGAGAAGAACCAAGGUAGUAGAUAAGUCAAGUGAACUUUUUGGAUGCUUUGCACUUGUGCGAGGAAAGGUGGUUCUUAGCAGUUAGAAUUAAGGACGAACUUUGCUGUUAAUGAUUUUUUUUUUGCCCAUGUGCCGAGUCAUAGUCUGUAUGAAUUGAGGAAUUUUGGAGUUUUUCAGCACAUUUUAGCAGUCUUUUUCUUUUGAAACUCUUCGAACUGACCAGACUUGUUUAUUAUAAACUAGUAAUUUCAUCCUCGAGCACAUGCCACCCAAACACAAUGAUGUUACGAGGAGCCAGAUCAAGAACUCGCCUUUUCCUUUUUUCGUCUCUUUAAUGGCAUACUGAGAUGUAAGGCUAAUGUUUCUGGUGUUUUAUGAGAUUUUUUUAAUUACUAUGUAAAAAGAAAAUAUGCCAUUUGCGUGCAAUGGAAUUGCAAGUUUUUGCUGAGUGAAAUGUUUGCAGUGAAAUCGCAAAGCUGUGUGCCAACCUGAACAGGGCUGGUAUGGUCAAGGACUAGAACAAAAUGCGUGCAGUAUGUCUCGACUCUUCAUUUAUGUGCUUUGGAGGAAAAACUUGAGAAAUGUGAGUCAAAUGUGAAAAGCAGGGUCACCUCUGCUUGUCAAACGUAUACCUCUUUAGUGCGGGUGUUGCAUUUUAAUAGCAAGGAAGGAGUGCAGAAAUGAACUCAUAGUGUCUUUUUUUUUUAUAUGUUGAAGCAUUGUUUGGUUAGAUCUCCAGAAAAAAGAGUGUGUAGGGUGUGUGCAGUGUUGUGACAGCCUAACAAAAUCAGUUGAUGCAAAAAGAAAAUAGGCCACUAUAGUUGCUGCCGCAAGUGACCAUAUCGAUUAUACAGUUGAUGCAAGAAGUAAGCGGCGAGCACAGUUGCCGCAGCAAGUAACCAUGCCAUACUGUUGCCAUAGAAACAAAACAAUGUUCACAAUAAAUGUAAAUUCACAGCAAUAUGUAACAUUGGUAAAGGUGGCAAAGUUGAUGGAUACAGGAAAACACUAGAAAUGCCAACCGAAAGGAUGUGAACAGGGCUUCUGUACGGAAGCCGAAACGCCUUAAAAGUUUUCAAACCUUUUCAGUUUGGUCGACAUUUCUUGUGUUUUCUCUUUUUCAUUAGUGUCUUCCUGACCAGACGAAUUAUUGUCGAACCAUCGAUUUCUUCAGGUAGCAAUGCUAAGCUACAUAGACUAUCACUAUGCAUUGCAUGUUGUGUCCACUUUGCUUAGCCAUCGAUGCUAGCUUGAGUUUGUUUCCUCACAAAAACAACUAUGCACAUUUUAGACUCCUUUCUAGUUAGGCAGCAGGUACUUAGACUUACUGUGUGCGAUGUAGUUAUGCAGCAAUGUUCUGUGCAGCAUUCUGCAUAACCGUUUUGACUGCUUACCAAACUGAAACAGUGACAUCUUUUUGAUGUUUAACUUUUCUGAUAAGCAAGUGUGAUUGUGUUGAUGCUGGAAUCAUGACAUUGACAGCACUGCUGGCUGUUAUUGUUCCUGUGAUGAAUUUAAUCAAAUGUGCAACUUGCAACGAAUGUAGUCUUCCUUCUAGGUAAAGGUUUUUUUUUUAGAAAUCUCAUCACGAACCAAGGAGGAGGUUGUGAUCUGUCCGUCCACUAACGCACUCUCGUAGAUGCAAAAUGUCGGCAUGUGAGUUGUCGCAAUGGUGCUUGUAUUUAAACCAAAGAAAUACGUGCAGCUGGCCUGGCUAUAGGGUACAAUAUAAAUUUUAUAGAAGUACGAGUGUGGCCAUGAUGACAUCCAUGAAUGUUUUUAACGUUGCUUGUAAAUGGAUGUCAGCCUAUGAGCUACAUGACUGCUGUUUCUUAUUACAGUAUUAAAUUGUUAUCUCCACC